AUGAAGAGGCUGCAGCUUCAACGAUGCAGCAGCUCAGUCCUUUCGCCGCGGGUUCGGACUGUUAACUGUCUGCAUCAACACAUCUACGGACGGCGGUAUUCGACGGCUCCCGUCGAACGGCAACAAGAGAUUCAGCAAAAUGAAUCAAUCUUCGAGGACUCCGACGCCAAGGAGAAAUUGCUAGCUCGGAUUGUGAAGGAGUCUCACAUUCGCGGCUCGCAACUGUCAUAUCCCUCUCCCCCAGUCGAGGCCGCUAAACAAUCCGCAAAACUCGCCGCUCUUCACGCUCGACUCUACCUUCCUUCCAGACUACCCGUUGAGACGCUUGCACGGACAUUAGUUGACGCCUCUGCCGACUCAAACCCAGAAUUCAACAAUGCCUCGCUGGCCACACUCGGUCACGACCUCCUAUCCUACUACGCAACCGAGCACCUUAUCUGCACCUACCCCCGUCUGCCAUUGACCGUGAUCUUCGCCGCCAUGUACGCAUAUGUUGGACCUAAGACCCUUGCCGCAAUGGCAAGAGAAUGGGGUGUGGAGUUGGCCGCGAUCCCCGGUGGAGAAGUUGACCCCGGUCUGUUGCAGUUCAACAGGCUCGAGGCCGGCGCCGAGGUCCCUAACCCGCCACCAAGCAACCCUGCCCGCCCAUAUGAAACAGCGAAGCACUACAGGAAAACAGUCACAUCCAAGGUCUUCUACGACGAUGAGUUUGGCGAUUCGCUUAAGGGGAAAACGGACGCCGUCACCAGCGAACAUGCGAGCGCCGAGUUCGUCCGCGCCGUCAUGGGCUCAAUCUACCUGCACGCCGGUCGCCCUGCGGCUAAGCGAUUCUUCGAGCAGCACUUCCUCUCACGACACCUCAACAUCUCAGAAUUGUUCAACUUCCGUGCCCCGGCCCGCGAUUUGACCCGGUUAUGCGCGCGCGAAGACUUCGAGCGACCAGUUGCAAAGAUCAUCAGCGAAACUGGUCGUAAGAGUAGACACCCUGUCUUUGUGGUUGGUAUCUUCUCUGGCCAGGACAAGCUUGGAGAAGGCGCUGGCGCCAGUCUGGUUGAGGCCCGCGAGCGUGCUGCUGUUGCCGCUCUGAAGGGUUGGUACCUCUACAGCCCUAUCACUGUGCGGGUUCCCAGUGCGAUGGAGGAGCCCUCUGCCGCGCCUUGGAAGCCGGUGCACGUUGACCUGGGUGAGGUGAUUGUUUAG